AUGGUGCUUACAACUGACAAUAUUUUACCAUCAUUUGAUUUUUCCCCUUUUUCUCUUUACGUCUCUUUCAUUUUUCUCCUAUUUUCUUCUUUUUUCUUUCUUCUCUCUUUUUCUCAUUUGUUUUCUUUUGUCUCAUUUUUCUUUUCUUCUCUUUUUUUCUUUCUUCUCUCUUUUUUCUUAUUUACCUUCAUCUUCCUUUCUCUCACCUCCUUGAUUUUUCCUUUCUUCUCCUCUCUUUUCCCUGUCAUUAUUAUUGCAAAUAGGUCAGCCAUAAACUCAAAUUCUCUUAAUUCGUCUUUUCAUACAUGCUGCUUUCUUGCUCAAUUUCUCCUUUUGUCAUUCUAUCCUUCUAUCUAUCUAUCUAUCUAUCUAUCUAUCUAUCUAUAUAGAUAUAUAUAUUUAAUAAUCUGGUCUCUCUCUCUCUCAUUUGUUUGCUUGUAUAAUUUAUUUAUCUCCCUCUUUUUCUCUUUUAUAUCAUUUCUUUGCCAUUUUUUUUACUCAAAUUUCCCUGUUCUUUCUCCAACCCAUUUUAUUUUCUUAGAUUCUCUUAUUCGCCUUUUAAGCAUUCCUUUUUCUUCACCAUCUUUUCUUUCACCAUUAAUUCAUUCUCAGCUUUCUUUCUGUACCCUGUCUUCUUUCAUUCUGUGUCAUUCUUUCUUUUUAUUUUCUUGUUUAUUAUUCCUUCUUCCAAAUUUGUGUUCUAUUCAAUCUUUUGUUCUUCUUUACUCUCUCUUAAUGUCUUUGCUUCUUAUUUUUUCUCAGCAGCUCCCCUUUACUUAUUGCUUAUUUCUCUUUCUUGAUUUCAACUUUCAUUCAUUCUUCUCUUUUUCAUUCUCAAUUUCCUUUUUUUUUAAUAUUUUUUCUUUCUGUUUUCUUUUUUUUUUUUUUUCAACUACUCUUCUUCUCAUUUUGACUUGGCUUUUUUUCUGA